AUGUCCGGCCUUCUUCGGUCCGAGGAAAUGUCCCUCGUUCAGAUCUUCAUCCCUCCAGAUGUCGCUCAUCCCACCGUUGCCGAACUAGCCAAACUGGGGCGGGUGCAAUUCAAAGAUCUCAAUGCAGACGUGAACCCGUUCCAAAGAACUUACGUGGCCGAAAUCCGAUUGCUCGAUGAAAUGACCCGUCGACUGACCUUCUUCAACUCUCUCUUGGAGGCGGAAAACAUCACGGCGCGGCCCUUGCAACAUUCCACAUCGGCCCACCUCCUAGACCCAUCCUCUGACUCGCAUUAUGCCUCGCUGUUGGACUCGUUGAAUUUGGAGCUUAAGGACCAAGAGAUUCGCUUGAAUACGAUGAAUGCAAGCUACGAUACUCUUCGCAAGAGGCUCGGCGAACUAGAAGAGGCUCAGCAUGUCCUCAGAGAAACUGCAAUCUUCUUCGAGCGCGCCCAACAUCGAAGCCCAGAAGAAGAACGUCCCAUGAGGGGCAGCUUUGACGACGAUCGUGCGGGACUGUUGGAUAAUGCUGCCGAGGCCGGACGCGCCGACCUCCCUGAUGAAUCUGGCCUCGGUGGUGCUGCCUUUGAGCUGGAGUUCGUGGCCGGAACGAUCGACCGGGCCCGAAUGCCUACGUUCGAACGAGUUCUUUGGAGAGUUCUGCGGGGGAAUCUAUAUUUGAAUUGGGCGGAAAUCGAUGAGCCACUCACCUCAGCUAUGGCCGCCUUACCCGCCUCGGCCUCUCAAGCCGAACAAGAAAAGGCUAAAGCCAUGCGCAAAGUGGUAUUCAUAAUAUUUGCUCAUGGCGAUGAACUCCGAAGCAAGAUUCGAAAAAUCUCUGAAUCCUUGGGUGCAAACGUUGUGCCGGUCGACCCGAACCCGUCGGCCCGAGAAAAUUCACUCAGGGAUAUUACUUCUCGGAUCGAGGAUAUUAGCGUGGUAUUGUACAAUACUAACCAAACGCGUCGAACUGCAGUCAGCAACAUUGCCGAAGCCUUAGCCGGAUGGUGGGCGUUGGUGAGGAAGGAGAAACUCAUCUAUGCGACUAUGAACAAAUUCUCGCACGACCAACGACGAUCGGCUCUAGUCUCCGAGGGCUGGGUUCCUACCAGGGAUAUCUCUGCAGUCCAACAGGCGUUGUAUCGGGCCACGGAGAGAUUGGGCACCGGUGUACCGGCGAUCUUACAUGAGCUUCGGACCACCACUAAGCCGCCAACGUUCCAUCGAACCAAUAAGUUCACCGAAGGAUUUCAGGCCAUCGUCGAUGCAUACGGAAUCGCAACCUACCAGGAAGUCAAUCCUGCUCUCUUCACUAUCAUCACCUUCCCCUUCCUCUUCGCCGUCAUGUUUGGCGAUAUCGGCCAUGGUUUUAUCAUGUUUAUGGCUGCCUUGUACUUGGUCGUCAAGGAAAAAGAACUCGCAAAAGUCAAGAAUGAGAUCUUUUCGAUGUUCUUCUUUGGUCGUUAUAUUGUCCUCUUGAUGGGUGCAUUUGCGGUCUUCACUGGCAUCAUGUACAACGACAUCUUCUCGCUUUCGCUAACCCUGGCCAAGUCGGCUUGGAAGUGGCCCGAGCAUAUCUCUCCGGGUACCGUCACGGCUGAGCUAACAGACGCCCGCUACCCUAUCGGUAUCGAUCCCAAUUGGCACGGAGCUGAAAACAACUUAAUCUUUACUAACUCUUUGAAAAUGAAGAUGUCAAUCAUCCUCGGUGUCAUACACAUGACGUUUGCCAUUUGCUUGCAAGUCCCAAACCACAUCUUCUUUGGUCGGUUUAAUAGUAUUUGGGCCGAAUUUCUGCCCCAGCUGUUGUUCAUGGAGUCGAUUUUCGGAUAUCUCGUUCUGACUAUUCUCUACAAGUGGUCCGUGGACUGGUCUCAGCCAGGUUCAGGAAACCCUCCCAACAUCUUGAAUAUGCUGAUCUACAUGUUCUUAGCGCCAGGCUCGGUCGAUCCGGAGGAGCAACUUUAUGCAGGCCAACCGUUCAUACAAGUCGUCCUCCUGUUGUUGGCUUUGGUAUGCAUUCCUUGGAUGCUCUGUGUGAAGCCCUAUCUGGAAUAUCAGGCACACCAGAAGAUCCUUGGCCAGGGAUAUGGCAGAGUAGCCGGCCAAAACCACAGCCAGGAUGAGCUGCGACGGACCAGUCACGAAGUGGACGAAGAGGAGGCUGGGCAUGUUGCCUCGCAUCACGAUGGUGACGGAGAUGAACACGGUUUUGACAUGGGAGACAUCAUCAUCCAUCAAUCCAUCCAUACCAUCGAGUUCGCCCUGGGAUGCAUCUCCAACACCGCGUCCUACCUCCGUUUAUGGGCCUUGUCUCUCGCACAUGCCCAGUUGAGUGAAGUGUUGUGGUCGAUGACCAUCAAGCUUGCGUUUGGAGUAGAGGGCUUGAUGGGGAUCAUUUCGACCGUCGUUUUGUUUGCCAUGUGGAUGAGCUUGACAGUCGCUAUCUUGAUCGUGAUGGAAGGCCUCUCGGCUUUCUUACAUGCUCUCCGAUUACACUGGGUCGAGAGUAAUGGUAAACAUUAUGAGGGUGCUGGUUACCAAUUUGAUCCUCUGUCAUUCAACGGAAUCGAUGAAGGAUACGACUAG